AUGGAGAAGUACUGCGUAGAGGCCAUUCUGGGGGAAGGCGGCUUUGGCCGCGUUUUCAGUGCCAGGGAACGUGGUCAGGGGGGCCAGCGCCGUGCCAUCAAAGAGGUCCACCUGGAUCCCCUAGCCGCCAGGGAGGCAGAAUUCAUGGGCCUCUUUGACCACUGCAACAUACUACCGCUCAUCGAGACGUUGGUGGAGCCCCCUCACUUAUACCUGGUCUUGCCGUUAUGUGAGGAGGAUUUGGGGACCUUCCUCGCCCGCAAGGGUCCGAGGAGGGGACCCUCAUCCUUCUUCCGGGUGGUCCGCCAGAUCGCUGUGGGCCUCGCCGAAUGCCAUCGGCACGGCGUGGUCCACCGCGAUCUGAAACCCGGUAACGUGCUAAGACGGGGGGCUCGGUUCAUGCUAGCUGACUUCGGAGUGGCCGAGCAAAUUACACCGUGCCGACCACUCCUGACAGAGUUGGCUGGCACUCCAGUGUACUGGAGCCCGGAACAACACCGCCGGGAACCAUACAACACCGCGGUGGACCUAUGGGCCUUAGGGCUCGUGGCCAUGGACGUGGCCACGGGCCGGCCCUGCCAAACCGACGGACAGGCUACGGAGCACUGGGCCUCCUCCCCAAGCGAAGAACGCCAGAGGGAGUUGGCCCAGCUGCACCCGUCCGUGGUCUGGUUCGUCGAAGGGCUGUUGAUGGACGAGCCGUCCCUCCGCCGCUCCGCCGACCAGUGGGAGUGGCCGGCCGUCCAUCUGUCCACCGUGGUGGACCUGGAGACAACCCCAGCACCACCGUCCGAUGAUCCGUGGAUCGUCCGCCUGCCACCGGACCUGGCACACCGAUUGGAUACCGCACCGCAACCCCCAGAAUGGACCCGGAGCCUAAAGCGGAAAGUGAGGGCGCUCCUGCCGGGAAGCAGGGGCGGUCCGCGAGCCCGACGCCGCUUUAGGUUCCCGUCCGGCUCCGUCCGCCGAAUCUGGGUGCCGCCAGAAACGGACAAGACAAGAGAAGGAACCGACCGUUGAGGCCACGACUUGUCCUCCAUCCGACACCAUGGCUGACGACAACAUGGAGGUGGAGAUCCUGGAACGCCUCGAUAAGGAGCUGGGAUUUGUGGACCCCGAGGAGGUGGACAUACCCGAAGAUCCACCCAGACCGGUCCCCUUACCGUUGGGAGCAGCGAAGGCAUUCCUCCGCCCGACGCCGAAUAUCGCCGCCGGUUGCUCCACAACACCGUCCCCAGCGCUCGGACCGGCGAGACUACCAGGGACAACACCGCCCAGGGAGAAGGUCCCAUCCAGCACCGUUGAAUC